CAAACCUUCAAUGGAUCUUUCCGUACUCCGAGAUGCGGAUAUUAUACAAUACUGCCAGCGACACGGCUCAGAUCGGGCACGCGUACUCAGCAAUACAUCGCUCGGUCGUGAAGUGAUAAAGCUUACUGAUGAUGUUGUAGUCAAGUUUGGACCUGGUGUAACUCUACAGGAAGCGAACGCACUGCGGCUGGCGUCUGAAAGAGUGAGCCGCGAAGUUCUAAGCAUUCCUCACAUCUACCGCUUCUUUGCGGGAACAGACUCGCAAUAUUAGUUAUGGAGAGAAUUAUCGGUGCGAAUCUGGAACAAAUUAAGUGGGACAAAUCUAGCCUGUCCGCACGACUUGUUCCGGGCUUGAAUGCAAUACACUCUAUCACGAGCAAAUGUCCUGGUCCUAUCUCUGGUGGUGAGGCACCCGGCAGUUUAUGGUCGGAGGAUGGUGCUGGAAUUGCAUUUCCCAGUAUCGAAGAGCUUGAGACUUAUCUGAACGAAAAAUUGGCAUUCUUUGGGACUGGCAACACAGUUGCGAGAAGAGAACCUGUGCUUUUGUCAUAUGGACGUGGUACCACGUAA